UGCAUAUACCGGCAGCCAUAUUGAGUUUUGUAGUGCGUAGCCGGGCAGAUUUCAACCGAAACUUUUGAGAGAAGAGGACAUAAAAAGCUAUAAAAUGGCAGGACCACAACCAAGCCAAGAUGAGCUGUCGACAGCCAUCCUGAAACAGAAGUCCAAACCCAACCGUCUGCUGGUGGAAGAGGCAGUGAAUGAAGACAACAGCGUCGUCUCCCUCUCACAGGCUAAGAUGGACGAGUUGCAGCUGUUCCGAGGAGACACGGUUCUGCUGAAGGGUAAGAAGCGUCGGGAGACGGUCUGCAUCGUCCUGUCCGACGACACCUGCCCUAAGGAGAAGAUCCGCAUCAAUCGCGUGGUGAGGAACAACCUGCGCGUCCGUCUGGGCGACGUGGUCAGCGUACAGGCCUGUCCCGACGUGAAGUACGGCAAGAGGAUCCAUGUUCUGCCUAUUGAUGACUCUGUGGAGGGUAUUACAGGGAACCUGUUUGAAGUGUACCUGAAGCCUUACUUCCUGGAGGCUUACAGACCUGUGCACAAAGGUGAUACAUUCCUGGUCCGUGCGGCCAUGCGACCUGUGGACUUCAAGGUGGUGGAGACGGACCCGUCCCCAUACUGUAUCGUGGCUCCCGACACCGUUAUUCACUGUGAGGGAGAGCCCAUCAAGAGAGAGGACGAGGAAGAGGCUCUGAAUGAGGUUGGUUAUGACGACAUCGGUGGAGUCCGUAAGCAGCUGGCUCAGAUCAAGGAGAUGGUGGAGCUCCCCCUCAGACACCCCGCACUCUUCAAGGCUAUCGGAGUGAAGCCCCCGCGUGGAAUCCUCCUGUACGGCCCGCCCGGUGUGGGGAAGACUCUGAUUGCCCGAGCCGUGGCCAAUGAGACGGGAGCUUUCUUCUUCCUCAUCAACGGUCCAGAGAUCAUGAGCAAACUCGCCGGAGAGUCAGAGAGCAACCUCCGCAAGGCCUUCGAGGAGGCUGAGAAGAACGCCCCGGCGAUCAUCUUCAUCGAUGAGAUUGACGCCAUCGCUCCUAAGAGAGACAAGACCCACGGUGAGGUUGAGCGCCGAAUCGUGUCCCAGCUGCUGACUCUGAUGGACGGACUGAAGCAGCGCGCUCACGUGGUCGUCAUGGCAGCCACAAACAGACCCAACUCCAUCGACGCUGCGCUCAGGCGCUUCGGGCGUUUUGACCGUGAGGUUGACAUCGGGAUCCCGGACGCCACCGGCCGCCUGGAGAUUCUGCAGAUCCACACCAAGAACAUGAAGCUGGCCGACGACGUGGACCUCGAACAGGUUGCGUCUGAGACCCACGGCCACGUAGGUUCUGACCUGGCUGCCCUGUGCUCUGAAGCCGCCCUGCAGCAGAUCAGAGAGAAGAUGGACCUGAUCGACCUGGAGGAUGAGAACAUCGACGCUGAGGUCCUGGACUCUCUGGCUGUUACCAUGGAGAACUUCAGGUAUGCCCUGGGCCAGAGCAACCCGAGCGCCCUGCGAGAGACGGUGGUGGAGGUGCCCAACACGACAUGGGAGGACGUCGGCGGGCUGGACAACGUCAAGAAGGAGCUGCAGGAACUCGUGCAGUACCCCGUGGAGCAUCCAGACAAGUUCCUGAAGUUUGGCAUGACUCCAUCGCGAGGCGUUCUGUUCUACGGACCUCCCGGCUGUGGUAAGACCCUGCUGGCCAAGGCCAUCGCCAACGAGUGCCAGGCCAACUUCAUCUCCAUCAAGGGCCCUGAGCUGCUCACCAUGUGGUUUGGAGAGUCGGAGGCCAACGUCAGGGAUGUGUUCGACAAGGCCAGACAGGCGGCUCCCUGUGUUCUGUUCUUUGAUGAGUUGGAUUCCAUCGCCAAGUCUCGAGGAGGCAAUGUUGGAGACGGAGGUGGCGCAGCUGACCGUGUGAUUAACCAGGUCCUUACUGAGAUGGACGGAAUGACGGACAAGAAGAACGUGUUCAUCAUCGGCGCGACGAACCGUCCGGACAUCAUCGACCCGGCCAUCCUGCGUCCGGGCCGUCUGGACCAGCUCAUCUACAUCCCGCUUCCCGAUGAGCCCUCCCGCAUCUCCAUCCUCAAGGCCAACCUACGCAAGUCACCUGUCGCUAAGGAUGUUGACCUGGGUUACCUGGCUAAGGUGACCCAUGGGUUCAGCGGUGCAGAUCUGACGGAGAUCUGUCAGCGCGCCUGCAAACUGGCGAUCCGGGAAGCCAUCGAGGAGGAAAUCAGGAACGAGAAGGCCAGGAAGGACAACCCAGAUCUCGACAUGGAGGACGAUUACGACCCCGUGCCUGAGAUCCGAAGGGACCACUUUGAGGAGUCGAUGAAGUUUGCGCGCAGAUCGGUGUCGGAUAACGACAUCCGGAAGUAUGAGAUGUUCGCACAGACGCUGCAGCAGAGCAGAGGCUUCGGCGGAAACUUCAGGUUCCCCGGCCAGGCGGGCCCCAGCGGCAGCCAGGGCGGCGGUGGCACCGGUGGGGACAACCUGUAUGAGGAGGGAGACGACGAUCUGUACAGUUAGACUCUUCCCAGCAUCCUUCACUCCCCCACCCCCCCUACAGCAGCAGCCAGCUUACCGUAUCUACUCCAAUAAACGCAGACCAACACUUUCUGUAAAUUCGUGAAAUGUUUGCGGCCUUUUUUUCUCCAAUAAAUGCAGACCAACACUUACCGUAAAUCUUGGAAUGUUUGCGGUGACGGUUUUAUUUUCCGCAAAAUCAUUACACUGCAAACAUGUGUUCUGUGUUUCU